UCCUCUGUUUAAUUUUUGUGUCUUCUGUCUUUACUAGUUACUCCUCAAUCAGUGCUCUCUGUCUCUCCUCUUCACAAUCUUUGCCUUCUUCUUUUGCUACAGUACCUAAGAUUAAUUUCUAAAGAGUACCGAUCUACCGUUUUCAAGGGACUUACAGAUCGAUUUGCUACUCGGUGUAAAACAGCAGGAUGGAAGUUGUUGGAGAAGUCUUUCUCUCGGCUCUUCUUGAGCCCUUGCUUGGAAAGUUAACCUCUGGAGAACUUCUGAACUUCGUACGCAAAACACAAGUGGAGAAAGAACUUAACAAGUGGAAGCGAAGACUGUCAGAAAUUGAUGCAGUUCUUAAGGAUGCAGAAGAGAAGCCAAUCACAAGUCCGACUGUGAAAAUCUGGCUUACCAAGCUCCGAGAUUUGGCUUAUGAUGUGGAGGACGUGCUGGACGAGUUUCAAACAGAAGCUUUGGCAAGCAAGGUGAGGGCAGAAUCUCAAGCCAGCAGCAGUACUGUCCGGAAGCUCCUCCCAACUUGUUGUGCUGGUCUGAAUCCAAGUGCUAUUGAGCUUAAUAUGAGGACGGGGGUCCCGGCUGCGGGGCAUAACUACACGACUAGAAGCAAUUGCUAAAGAGAAAAAUGAGCUCGACGUGGGAAUCAUGGC